UUGCAUUGAAGAUCGACCACAGCUGCGGACAAGAAUCGGCUUCAAAAAGAAAAGAAAAGAAACGACGAAAACCAACAGGUAGCUUGGGAGCGCGGCGGAGGGCUGCGAGGGGAAAAAAUAACGGAAACAAGACUAGUAUUUCUGGCUCCGUAGUCAGUCUUGCGACAGUUCAUGCCCACGCGCUCUCUCUCCCUCUACGGUCGCGCACCGUCCCCUCUCUCUCUUUCUGUCCGAUAUUGUCGCUCGGCACAUGUCUGCGUGCAUGGGCGGUUCUCUUUUGUGCGUUUGUAGAUCUGUGUGACUCUCUCUCUCGCUCUCUCUCUCGCGGUGACACUGUGGUUUUCUUCGUGUCUGAGCGCGUGGGCGGUUCUCUGUUGUGCGAUUCUCUCUCUCUCUCUCUCUCUCUCUCUCUCUCUCUCUCGGUGACACUCUGGUUUUGUUCGUGUCUGGGCGCGUGGGCGGUUCUCUUUUGUGCGAUUGUAGACCUCCGUGACUCUCUCUCUCUCUCUCUCUCUCUCUGUGUCUCUGUGUGUGUGUGUGACAUUGUGGCUUUGCUCGUGUCUGCGUGCGUGUGAAGCUCUCUUUCGUGCGAUUUAGAUAUGCGUGUGUUUGUUUGCCCGCGCUUGUGUGUUUUUCUCCGUCGUAUGGACGUAUGCACCGCCACGCGAUAGCCACUGAGCACGCUGUCGCCUUGGGGGGCAGCUGUCCCGCCUUUAAGUCUGCAUGAUGGUUGUUGCUAGUAUCUAUGGUGGAUUUUUUGGAAGGCAAGGACAUGAUGUUUUGAUCGAAUUGUACACAUAUAGUCUGUGACUAGGGUACACGCUUGAAUGUUCGAGUACGAUCAUAGACAAGCAGUGUUUCUUUCUUUUUUUUUUUUUUUUUUUUUUUUUUUUGGACAAGCAGUCUUUCGGCUAGACUAGACCCUCGGACACGCGGGUGCGUAGCUAACGACCUCCUCCUUGCGAGCAACGGCAUCCAGGGGCCAGCCAUGGCUACUACUGUUGCGUCGUGCGCGCGGAUCACGGGGGACGCCUUCCGACUGGCUCCGCCGCCGUCGCGCUCGCGGUGGCGGGCGCUCUCGUCGUCGUCUACUGUGAGAAUCGGCGGGACAGCGACGCGCUUACCCGGCUUGCGAUCAACGACGGCGGCAACUUUCGCAAGGCAGGGGUUAGUCGCGAUCAGGCUCGCGAUCUCAACAUGGCACAGCGCGCGGAGAAGACACGGGGAUUCAAACACUAAUCAUUUUCACUGCGGGGGCGACAUGAUGCCCCGUCCAAUCAACGGCAGGGAAACGAUCAGGAACAACUGUGAGCUGCGACGGGAGAUGAGAUCCGGCGGCGGCGGUGGAUUGGAUCAGCAGACGAGGGAUGCUUUGUCCACACUCUUGUUCCCCACGUCGUUCCUCUCCCCGGCGGCGCCCCUUUCUUCUUCUUCUUCCCUCUCCUCCUCUCUCUCCCUCGGCUUCGCGCGCGGCCUACCAGGAGUGAUGGUGAGGCCCAAGAAGCGAUGGCAGGCGCGGAGGCGGAAUAUGAUUAUGACGUCAGAGCACGUCAAACACAGCGGCGGCGGCGGCGGCUGCAGCAGCAGCAGCAGCAGCAGCAGCAGCAAAGGGAGCGGCGAAAGUAAGGCGGCCCCCGGAAGCAGCAGAAAGGAGGAAGGAGGCGACGCAAGUAGCAGAAGACGAAGCAGCAGCAGCAGCAGCAGCAGCAGGGGGAAGGUGCAGUUGGUGAAUGGCAAACCGCAGGGCGGUCCCGAUCUUUCCGUUGAAGUCAACGGUCUGAAGUUUCCCAAUCCUUUCGUGAUUGCCUCCGGACCCCCGGGCACUAAUUACACCGUGAUGAAGAAGGCGUUCGACGAAGGGUGGGGUGGGGUGAUUUGCAAGACGUUGUCGCUGGACUCGACGAAGGUGGUGAAUGUGACCCCUCGCUACGCGAGAAUGAAAGCGGAGGGGUCGAGGGAAGUCAUCGGUUGGGAGAAUAUAGAGUUGAUCUCCGACCGUCCAUUUGAGGUUAUGCUGAGCGAGCUGAAGAGGCUCAAGGAGGAGUACCCGGAUCGAAUCCUGAUAGCAUCCAUCAUGGAGGAAGCGGAUAGAGGGGCAUGGGAGGAAAUCGUGGAGAGGGUGCAAGGGACGGGAGUGGAUGGCAUCGAAAUCAACUUUUCGUGCCCGCAUGGACUUCCCGAAAGACGGAUGGGCAUGGCAAUGGGUCAGGACUGCAAGGCUCUUGAGGAGGUGUGCAAGUGGGUGAAUGCGAAAGCGACUGUGCCGGUCUGGGCCAAAGUGACUCCCAAUGUCACAGAUAUUACUAAACCAUCGCGGGCCGCUUUGUUAGCGGGUUGUGAGGGGAUCUCUGCUAUCAACACCAUCACCAGCGUUAUGGGUAUUAACCUCCAGACCUUGCGCCCUGAACCUUGCGUCGAAGGGUAUAGCACGCCCGGCGGCUAUUCCUCCAAGGCCAUUAGGCCUAUUGCCCUUGCAAAAGUUAUGGCGAUUGCCAACAUGGUCGAUCAAGAGUUCGGCAGGGAAGGAAGGUCGGUAUCUGGGAUCGGCGGAGUCGAGACGGGGGGACAUGCGGCGGAAUUCAUUUUGCUCGGCGCGCAUACGGUUCAGGUUUGCACCGGUGUCAUGGUGCAUGGGUAUUCCUUGGUGCAUUCCCUCUGCGAAGACCUGCAGUCGUUCAUGCGUAGCCAUGGGUUUGAACGCGUGUCACAGUUCCGCGGGCACAGCUUGCAGUAUUUCACCUCACACUCGGAUCUGGUACAGCGGCAGAAGAACGCGCUCGCCAAGAGGAGGGAACGCAGAAUCGGCUUGGCAAACGAUGACGAUUGGACAGGCGACGGCUUCGUCAAGGAGUCCGAGACCAUGGUGUCCAACACAUGAAAACGAAAACUAUGUUGGAAUUUACUCUUCCAAGGUCCUUAUUAAUUCCGCUCCUCCACUCUUCUCAGAGUUCGGUUCCCUUUCUUGCUGUGUUAUCUUGAAGAGACCGGCGAUGCUCAUGCUUCAGAUGGGCAGCGUGUAUGCGGUUUGGUAGUGGAAGAAACCACGCGUGCACGUGCGCACACACACACACACACACACACACACACAGAGAGAGAGAGAGAGAGAGAGACGGUGUUGGGUACAUUUUAGAUAGAAGAGGCACGACUGAUGGGAAAUUGUAUUUAGUCUCUGGAGAGUGUGGCUGACUUCAGUUGCCAGGCAAGCAACCUGCGCCAAGAAGAGUUUUGAUUGCGCCACGAUGCACACCUCACAUUCCAUUCAUGGGCUUCUUGAGCGCAGGGACACACGUCUUCAGUACAGCCAGGUGAUACAUUCCCUGAAUAAUGUAUAUACCUCGAUGUAUAUAUUGUUUCUUGGGUCCACUUUGUUAAUCAAACAAUGUAAGGGAC